AUGAAUCCCUCUGCCCUAGCCCAGUCUGCCCCCCUGCUCCCAAGCCUGGACCCCGGGGGGACGGUGAAGCUGGGGGGGUCCGACAUGGAGCUGCAGAAGAUGCUGAUCGACGAGCGGAUGAGAUGUGAGAACCAUAAGACUAACUACCAGACACUCAAGGCUGAACAUACCAGGUAACAGCCCGGGAGAAGUAUGUGUGUGUGUGUGAUGUGUGCACAUUUGUAUACCUCUCCUCCACUAUGUUGUCUGUCCCAGGCUGCAGGAUGAGUUUACCCGGGGGCAGGUGGACCUGAAGCGUCUCCUCAGUGACAAGCAGACUGUCCAGGAGAAACUGCAGCUGCUGCUGGCUGAACUCAGAGGAGAGAUGCUGGACAAGACCAGGGAGCUGGAGGAGCUACGACUACAGGUACUGGAGCUAGUCCAUAGAAAACACACCUACUGACCUAUGACUACGCUAGUGUCCCUUUGUGUAUGGCAGUGUUUACAGCAGUCGGUUUGUUUUGUAAGGUGCUGACCCCCCAGCGGUUGGAGCUGUUGAGGGCCCAGGUGCAGCAGGAGCUGGAGGGGCCUGUCAGAGAGCGCUUCAACAAACUAGAGGAGGUGAGCCUCGCCCCCCAGAACGCUUCUGUCUGUUCUCUAAUGCUAUUUACUGUUCUCUACUGCUCCUGGCUGCUUUUAACCACCUUUGACUGCCUCUGCUUCUGUUUUUUUAUACUUUGUACUGCUUUUAUCCAGCUUCAGCUGCUAUUGAUAGCUUUUUACUGUUUCUGACACUUUAGCUCCACCGUGCUCUCGAACUGUCACAGCUGUAAGUGCCAUCUCCAUAGCAACUGAGAACUAAGCGUUGAAUGUUUUUGAGGGCAGAGAAGAGUGGGCCAUCACACUUAACACUGUCAGAUUAUUGACAAUGAAAAAACAGUACAUCAAAUUAAACUUUCUCUGUUUCUCCUCCUUGAUUAUAACCAGCCCUCUUCUCUCUGUGUUCCCUGCAGGAGACUGAGAAGUACAGGUCUGAGUAUAACAAGCUGCGGUACGACUACACCUUCCUGAAGUCUGAGUUUGACCACCAGAGAGAGGAGAGCGCUCGCAUACUGGAGGAGAAGAAGAUCCGCUUUGAUGCUGAGGUGUGUGUCCGUGCGUGUGAGAGAGAAUGUAAAAAAAAAAAAAAAAAGUGAGAUCUGAUAUGUUUGUCUUUCGAUAUACACUACAUUACCAAAAGUAUGUGGACACCUGCUCAUCGAACAUCUCAUUCCAAAAUCAUGGGCAUUAAUAUGGAGUUGGUCCCCCCUUUGCUGCUAUAACAGCCUCCACUCUUCUGGGAAGGCUUACCACUAAAUGCUGGAACAUUGCUGCGGGGACUUGCUUCGAUUCAGCCACGAGCAUUAGUGAGGUCGGGCACUGAUGUUGCGGCGAUAAGGCCUGGCUCGCAGUCUGCGUUCCAAUUAAUCCCAAAGAUGUUCGAUGGGGUUGAGGUCAGGGCUCUGUGCAGGCCAGUCAAGUUUUUCCCCACCGAUCUCGACAAAUCAUUUCUGUAUGGCCCUCACUUUGUGCACGGGGGCAUUGUCAUGCUGAAACAGGAAAGCGCCUUCCCCAAACUAAUGCCACAAAGUUGGAAGCACAGAAUCGUCUAGAACAGGGGUGUCAAACGUCCGGCCCGCGGAAAAAAUGCGCUGCAAUUUUUCAAUAAAAUAAACUGCUGUUCCAAUUGCGUCCACUGGAUGGCGCAAUUGUGUUAAGCAAGCAAACUGUUUAUACCGGGGCAGAGCAAGUAGGUCAAGCACGUGCAGCCAAUGAGCUACUUUGUUUUGCCCGCAAUAUUUAUUACGGCUUCUACUUUUAACAUUAUGUGCUUUGGCACCCUCAUUGCCCCAAUAUGUCUCUGUCAAAAAAGAGAAAAGUGGACGCAGAGUGCAGAGUGUUCCAAGAAAAAUUGUCAUCCUAUUUAUUCACGGAAUUGAAUGGGAAAGCUGUAUGUUUGGUGUGUUCAGAGCAUGUUACAGUGCUGAAAGAAUAUAACCUUCGUCGCCACUAUGUGAGUCUUCAUGCCGACAAAUAUGACAACUUUCAAGGACAGCGGAGAUGAGAGAAGGUGAAUGAACUGUUGGCGGGUCUGAAGAAACAGCAGUCUGUGUUUACUCACAGCCGAGACAUCAGUGACGCUGCAGUGAAAGCUAGCUACCUCAUUGCUAAUGAAAUCGCAGUGGCUUCAAAACCAUUUAGUGAGGGUGAAUUUGUAAAAACAUGCAUGAUGAAGGCAGCGGAGAUUGUGUCCCCUGAAAAGCGGCAGGCUUUUGCAAAUAUCAGCCUGACAAGAAACACAGUUGCAGACAGGAUUUCCGAUCUUUCACUGGAUUUGGACAGCCAGUUGAAGCAAAAAGUAAAGUCAUUUAUUGCGUUUUCGGUUGCAAUUGAUGAAAGCACGGACAUUACAGAUGUUGCACAACUGGCCAUUUUCAUCCCCGGAGUUGAUGACACAUUGACCGUCACCGAGGAGUUCGUGGAGUUGGUGCCGAUGACAGAUACAACGACAGCAGCUGAUAUUUUUACCGCACUCGUCGGCGCGCUGGACAGGGUCGGAGUGGACUGGUCCCGCGCUGUCAGCCUGGCUACAGAUGGUGCGCCCUCAAUGAUCGGGAAAAAAGCAGGCGUUGUGACAAAGUUCAGAGAGAAAGUGCAAUCUGCAAAUGGAGGACGUGAUCUUUUGACUUUUCACUGUAUUUUGCACCAGGAGGCUUUGUGUUGCAAGUCAUUAAAGAUGGAUAACGUCAUGAAGGUGGUCAUUCAAACUGUUAAUUUCAUCCGAUCCAGAAGCCUGAAUCACCGUCAGUUUGACAGCCUUCUCAGAGAGAAAGACCACAUCUAUGGCCUGCCAUACCACACUGAGGUAAGAUGGUUACGCCGAGGUGCUGUGCUGAGGCGUUUCUUUGAUUUACGAGAAGAAAUUGAACAGUUCAUGGAAGAAAAGGGCAAACCAGUGUUAGAAUUUCAUUCCGCAGAAUGGAUGCAGGACCUUGCAUUUAUGGUGGAUGUUACAGAGCACCUGAAUAACUUGAACAAACAGCUGCAAGGGCGCAACAAAGUUGUCACGCAGUAUUAUGACAGCAUACGUUCUUUCAAGUUGAAGCUGUCAUUGUGGGAGACGCAACUUGCCGGUGGUGAUGCAGCUCACUUCCCCUGUCUGAAAAAUGUGUGCGCGACCCAACAUGUGGCAGACAUGAAGCGGUUCAAAGAUAAAAUAACGGGACUGUUACGGGAGUUUGAGCAACGCUUUCAGAUUUAUGUUUAUAUGUUUUUAUGUUGAUGUGCUAUUGUUUUUAAUUGAUUUUAUUUGUAUAUUUAACCUAUUCUUGACUCUGUGGUUCUUGCACUUGUUUGGGGAACAGGAUUUCAUUAUUUUUAUCUACAUUUCUGCCUGAGAAAUGACACCCUGAUAUAGUUCUGUGAUCUGUGAAACAGUUCUGUUAAUCACUGAGGCAUUGUGUGUUUGUGUGUUCUUUGUCCUCAGAACUUUCAAAUAACUUGAGGUGUUUUAUGAUUAAUAGUGAUGUUGUGCUUGUACUAUUUGGACACACUGUCCUCAGGCUCCAGCUUUAUGUUGUAUGUUGAUCGUAUUAAAACAAAGAAAACAAUCUGAAGUUGUUGUUUUUAAGUUAUAUAUACCAUGAUUUUUCCGGUCCGGCCCACUUGGGAAUAGAUUUUCCUCCAUGUGGCCCCUGAGCUAAAAUGAGUUUGACACCCCUGGUCUAGAAUGUCAUUGUACGCUGAAGAGCUAAGAUUUCCCUUCACUGGAACUAAAGGGCUUAGCCCGAACCAUGAAAAACAGCCCCAGACCAUUAUUCCUCCUCCACCAAACUUUACAGUUGGCACUAUGCAUUCAAGGAAAGCCCCCGGGCCAAACCCUCCCCUAACCCGGAUGACGCUGGGCCAAUUGUGCACCGCCCUAUCGAACCCCAGGCUGUAGUGACGCCUCAGCACUGCAAAGCAGUGCCUUAGACCGCUGCGCCACUCUGGAGGCCCAGACGUUGCUCUUCUGAUAUGUUGUGUGUUCAGGUAUCACGGCUGGAAAGGGACAGAGAGGAGCUGAUGGCCCAGUAUCAGGGCACAGACCCGUCUAGAGAUGGUAAACGCGUGGAGUCUCUGCUGAGAGAGAAGGCCCAGCUCCACCUGCGUCUGAAGGGCCUGGAGGCUGAGGUGGCUGAGCUUCGGGCACAGAGGGACAACUCUGGCCAGCAAGCUGAGAACGUGCAGCGCAUCCAGGUCCGCCAGUUCGCAGAAUCCCAGGCUGCAGCCAAGUCUCUGGAGGUAAGAAACUUGUGGUCUCGGUAUGUCAGUCAAUCUUUAACUGUUACUGUCACUUUGAAACUUAAGCUUCAUGAUGAAAUAAAUCUGUUGAUGGAGUAAGUCCUAACUUAGGUAGAAUGUCUUUACUGUGUGUGCUUGAUUGAUUUGUGGAAUAAUUAAUACAUUGAUUGUGUUUCAGGCAGAGAGGCAGUCACUGCGCCUGCAGUUGGAGCGUCUGGGGAGUGAGUUGCAGCUGAGUCAUGAACAGAACACCCAGCUGACCGGCAGACUGCACAAGGCUGAGAGAGAGGUCAACACUCUCACCAGCCAGGUCAGUACCCAUAUGACCUCUGACCCCUAAUACUUAACCUCUAACCACAGAGGUCAUCAGCUGUGUUACUCAUGCCUUGCCUCUCGUAAAAAUAGAUAUUUUUGGUCUUCUUUUUGUUGUUGGUCAUUUAGUAGAUGCUCUUAACCAGAGCAACUUACAGUCCACACCAUAACCCCUUACAUCAUUAGGUUGCUGUGUGCUCAUUCUAGUCUCUCAUCUGUUUCUCUCAGAUGGAGGGCAUGAGGCACUCCCACAAGCUGGAGGUGGCCAAUGUGAAGCUGGAGUGUGCCAGGUCUAGAGGGGAGGUGGAGAGGGAGAGAGACACACUACAGGGACAAAUGGAAGGUAACUCUGCAAAAAAGCUCCUCGUGUGUUUUGAGUAUACAUGUACUGUACAUCACACUCAUUUUAGUCUGCAAACUUAACUCUUUCCUUCCUUUCUCCCUCCCUCGCUUUCUUCCUUCAUCUCCUUCAACUUUCUCUCUCUCCCCCUUCCUUUCUUCUCUCUCUCUCUGUCAGGUAUGCAGUCUGAUGUGGAGGUGUUGAAGGGGACGGUGGAGAGACAGAAGGAGGUGCUGGCUGAGAGGGAGAGGGAUCUCGUCCGGAGGGUGCAGGCCGCUCGCGAGGAGGAGUUCCACAAAACCGCUACCGUGCAUGAGGAGAAGUGAGGAUCUCUCUCUCUCGACAUACACACUGUCUCAGACUACUUUGUUGAAGUUGUGUACAUCGAUCGUGUGUGUGUCCACAGGAGGUUGGUGGCACCUUAAUUGGGGAGGGCGGGCUCGUGGUAAUGGCUGGAGUGGAAUGGUAUAAGACACAUGGUUUCCAUGUUUGAUGCCAUUCCAAUUGUGACGUUCCAGACAUUUCUAUGAGCCGUCCUCCCCUCAGCAGUCCACUGGUGUGUGUCUAUAUAAUAUGUGUGUGUGUGUGUCCUCAGGUUGGUGCUGGAGGAUCGUCUGGCUGAGCUGGAGCAGCAGAGGGCGCUGCAGGAUGCUGCUGCCAACGCCCAGAAAGAGGAGUGGGAGGAGCGUCUCCGUGGCGCCCAGCUGGGGGAGGAGUCUGCCCGUAAGGAAUUGCAGAACCUCAGGUUAGUAAGAGGUGUGUUACUGUACCUGUGUAUAGUAUGCAUUACUAAUAUACAGUAUGCAUGACCCUUUGUGUGUUAAUGAGCCUUUGUGUUUUGCAUGUGUCAGGACUAAACUGCAGCAGCAGGGCUCUCAGCUGGAGGAACUGGAGAGACAGAAGACAGAGAAUGCUGACCUGAGACAGGUACUAAACUGCCUGAGGCUCAGCGCCUGACUGACAUUCCAUUUUUAUUGCCCUUUCAACAUUGAUUGGCUGAUGUUAAUGUCCAAACAACAUUGAGUUGACCACGUACCUGUCCCUCCCUCUCACAGCAGAACCACGAGCUGGGGGUGCAGCUGGGGACGUUGUCCCACUCCGAGGCUGAGCUUCUGGAGGCCAACCAGCGUCUGAGGGACACCCUGGAGAGGGCCCGGGAGGACCUGAGGAGCGCCCGCUCACAAGCUGAGAGGACCCAACACGAAGCCGAGAGGUACAACACAUCACCUUUAUACUGUGGUCUGUAUACAGUAUGGAUAUGCUGUCUAUGUCAAGAGUAGGAGGAAUAGAACAGUUAGAAAUGAUACUGUUGGAACCAUCAAGUGGUUUCUAUUCUAACCAUCCUCUUUCUCUCGCUCUCUCUGCAGAUUGGUGGAGGAGCGUCGUGUGGAGUGGUUAGAGGAGAAACACAAACUGCAGGAGAUGGAUGCAGAGCUGCAGGAGAAGUACGGCCAGGCUAAGGAGAAACUACAAAGGGCCGCGCUGGCACAGAAAAAGGUACCUGUCCUCUUUUCGCUACCUCCUCCUUUUUCCCAUCCUUUUCCCCAUCCUCCUUUCACCUCCAUCUUCACUUUUCUUCCCUUCGUCCUUUGCUCCUCUUCCUCCCUUUUCUGAUGUCUCUCUGACCUCUAAAUCUCUCUCUGUGUCUUUUUCUAGAGGAAAAACAUGACCGAGAACAAGGAGAAGAGAUACCAGGAUAAGAUCCAACUACUGGAGGCUAAGAUGGCAGAGCUGGAGCUACAGACCAGCUCAGCCAAUAAGUAUGUAUAUAUUCUUUCUGUGUCUGUUAAUGACUGUGUGUGUGUUUUAACACCAAUAUGUGUGUUCCUCCCCAGGCGUCCCUCCUACACAGAGGAGCAUGCCCACCUCAACAGACGACUGAAGGAGCUGCAGCGCCGACACAGCGAGUUCCGACGCCUCCUAUUGGGCAACCAGGUGACCUCUGCCACAGGCCCCGCCCUCAUGACCUCCACCCCCGGCCUCGGCCCUAUCUCCAUCCUCGUACCCGGGUCUGAGGGGCCUAGCCUUCACGUGAGUACACUGAAGCCGGGUACAUUCUCAUAUACCUCAUCACCUUGGUGAUCACAGAUCAGGGCCAGUCUCAGAGUAGGAGUGCUGAUAUAGGAUCAGUUUUACUUUUAGAUCAUGAUGAAUAACAUUAUGUGGACAGGGGGGGGUCUGGUCCUGAAAGGAAUAGCUAGGUGAGAGCAUCCUGUCAGGCUGUAUCACCGCCUGGUACGGCAAUUGCACCGUCCGCAACCGCAGGGCUCUCCAGAGGGUGGUGCGGACAGCCCAACGCAUCACCGGGGGGCACACUGCCUGCCCUCCAGGACAUCUACAGCACCCGGUGUCACAGGAAGGCCAAGAAGAUCAUCAAGGACCUCAGCCACCCGAGCCAUGGCCUGUUCACCCGGAUAACAUAGAGAUGGUACAGGUGCAUCAAAGCUGGGACAGAGAGACUGAGAAACUGCUAGGCCAUCAGACUGUUAAAUAGCAAUCACUAGCCGGCCUGCGGCCAGUACCCUGCCCUGAACCUUAAAGGCGCUGCAUGGUCAUUCCGACGUCUGCAUUGGCCAUGCAGCAUUUACGGUGAAAUGGCCUCUGUAGAAGUCAGGGCAUUCAUACUUCUUGUGCUUCACCAAGCAGCGCAGAGCUGUUGUGAAGGAAGUUGUCAAGGAAGUGAGUUUGUGUUUAUAAAGGACCUCCUGCCCUCACCUACCGUCAACCAAUCAUGUCACUGCAGAGCUAUACGGAGCCCUCCGCAUUGUUACAAAAUUUGAGAGGCGCACGGCGAUAUGGUACGGAGCUCAAGUUGGCCUCUGCGUGCCUCCCGAGGCUCCGCAAUUGCGUCAUACCAUCCAUAUGGUGCCUCUGACCACAUUUUCGGAUCAAGCAUAAAUUGGCUCUUAGAGACUGCUGCCCUAUGUCCAUCAUCAUUUAACACUGGUCACUUUAAUAAUGUUUACAUGCUGUUUUACUCACUUUGUUUAUACUUCUAGUCAUGGCUCAUCCUAUAUAAUUUUUCAAUUUUUCUGGAUUAUGUGUCCAUUUCACUGCACCUGCAAAUCUGUGUACUUUUCUGUCCCUCCUCUCUCUCGCUCAGGAGGAGCAGCACCAGAGAGAGUUAUCACUGCUGCGUCGGAGGCUGGAGCAGUUAGCCUGUACUCAGCAGCAGCAGAUGGAGGAACUGGGGCCUCCCAUGGACAGGAGCAGGGGCUCUGGCCUGCACGACUCUUGCCCUGAUCUCUGACCUCCCCACUCGGACCCCCAGAGAGUGAGCUUGACCUUCACCAUAAACUAUGAGAUAUAGGAUUUAUUACUCCCUAAAAGUGUGAUGUUUGGUGAUGUAUGAUCCUAUUCUAAUUGAAUCAGUGAGAUCUCAAAUAUUAUAUUAAAAACAUUUAGAUUUUAUUGGCACAAAACGUAUCAAAUGUAAAGAGAAAGAACUACAUGCAUUCAAUGUUUACAUUCCUUGGUGAGUAACGGUACUGGAGUCCUUCCAUGCCUUGACUGUUGAUGCCUAUGUAAAGAAUGAUUUCAAUGGCUAACAAGUGACUUCCUCAGAGUUUUAAUUGACUGUUGUGAGAUUUGUAUCAAAUGUUUACACUAAGGCCAUCACUCUGAAACUUUAAAAGCGUGAGUCCCAAAGGCAUUCUGGCUGAACAAGAAAUGGUUUUAUGUGUUAAAAAAGGUUGGGUUAAUGGCUCUAAAGAGCUGUGACUUGCACAACAUUUAUACAACUUUUUUGUAAUGUUAUUUCAAGAUGUAUGUGUUUUUGUAUUUGCAAUUCAUACAAAUACAUUUUUAUGACUUUUUUGUGUGAACCAUUAGCACUAGAACCGCUGAAGUCUUCUUUAGUCUUUCAGCUUCAGUUGAGGAAACAAAAGUCCCAGCUUCAGAAUAAGAGUAUAUUCCCUGCUUCUGGAUAAAUGUCUGGCUGGAAUUUGACCAGCUAAUUUCUGCCAUCAUUUGGUUCAUCCCAGUAAUCUGAAAAGCCUCUCUCGUUUUUUUAUAAAAUUGUAAAUCUCUAUGUAGUCUCCUGACAUAUUAGUCUUUGAAUAGCAAAGCGGGGUGGACAUCGGUCCUUAGAACAGCUUUCUGGCCUUCAGCAUGUCGAAGGGGAGGGAGUGAGCUCAGUUCCAGGAACAGCUCUUGAGGCUGUCAAACAGGCUCUUCACGUGCUGCAGUUGCUCCUUCAACUCCACGGGGGCGCCAUUCUCAUCCAACUUCAGUUUAAUCUGCCAGGGAGACACCACACAUUCAAUUGUUUUGUUUACAUGUGGGCAAACAAAAAAAGGCCAGCUUGUGUCCAUAAAUUUAAGACAUCAGCCAGUAGCAAUAUGCCACAAUGGGGGAUUAUCAAUCCACACUAGGUCUAGGCAUAUGUUUAAACUCUAUGUGGCAUAGGUAUGGUCAGCUGCUAUUGUGGAGCUCAAAACAGUAGAUCACUACAAAAUGAAGAACUGAAAACCAGCCUAAUCACCACCCCACAUAGAAGUGGCAUAGGCUGUGUUUCAUGCUACGCUACGCUAUGCUCUGCCACUGCAGUUCUCAUUUCCCACAAACUAGGCUUUGUGCCAGGCAGCUUUACAGUUACACAGUGAUCAUGUGAUGUUGGCCUGAACAACAGCUUUUUCAAGAUUUUUAGUCCUGGUUGAAGUGAUUAGACAGUGCAGGGGAAGUGUGAAGUUUAUGGGAAAAAUCAUGAAUGCCAAUUAAGGGGAGAGCUAGACAGAUGGACAGACGGUUUACCUCAUCAAAGUACCGCUGCAUGUAUUUGUAGAGUUCACGGAGGGCAGCUGAUUCAUUGAAUUCGUUUUCAUGUUUCUAAUGAAACAAAAAUAUAAAUGUAAUGUCCUUAAAGCACAAUAUCAAAAUAAUUAUUUAUUAGAAAGCUGAACCACUAGAGGGGCAGUACCUUUGACUCCUUGUGCAGGAACUCCUUGAACUCAGCGCUGCUGAUUGGUGGCUGGUCCCUGACCUGCUUGUAGUAGGCCCUCACUUCCUGCUUGUACUGAGCGAUAUCUUUGGCAUAGAGCAGUUUAUUGGUUGGGUCAUGCUGGAACAGAGAGAGGGUAGAAGAGUCAUGUCAAAUCUAGGUGAUAGGUGUCCUUACCUUUUGAGCUUCUAGCAUUGUCAAUGCCAGGUAUACUAAGAGGCCUGCAAGUUAUGAGACCGGCAUUAUACCUAUCGCAGACAUUUCCAUUGGCUGCUAGUGCUGAGCGUUUAACUGACAUUUUUCGUUUUUAAAUAACUAAAUUGAUCGACGUCGGUUCAAUUAUUUGAAUUCCAUUUCGUUCGUUUUUUUCUGUGAGCUCAAUGCGUAGUUUCUCUAGCGAUAAAUCAGAUCAAGCCUGAUCUGUGCGAUGUAGUAGGGAGUUGUAGUUUCCAACAGGCCAAUAUUCUACAUAGUUUACUGCAAAAAACGUAAUUAACUACAAUGACAAUCCAUUGUGAUCAUACUUGUCCUGUAUUUGGGAGGCAGACACAAAAAGGGAGAUAAGAGAGACAAGCAAUGUUGGCGCUAAUUUUUUGCGGCACUGAGCAAAUUUGUGGUAUUGUGAGUGGAAACGUGAAAGCUUUUCAAAGACCGCUUGAAAUGUAGCCCACAUGUUUUGUGCUCUUGUAGGAAGCAGUACUCCCCAUUGCUGACCUAUACUUAUCUAUAACUACGCUAACUGGCAAAGAAUAUGAACAAAUGUUCACAUGAGCAGCUCUGAACUGACCUUAAAAACGCAUUCAUUCACUAGCGGGUGAUUGAAAGACCCCUAGUGGGCUACCCACCAAUAUAAUUCUACUCCAUGGGGCUCUGCCUACAACAAAAUCACAGCCUCAAUCUUACAAAGUUAGAUUUGUUUGUUGCAUUGAAAAGGGGCUGAUAUAAUGUUGAAUCGAUCACAGAAAAAACAUUGAUCUAUAUAGUGCAAACUAAUGAGGUGAACUCAAUGAAGUUCUAUCUCUUGCGUCUCUGCGGCCUGGCAUUUCUUCUGCGCAGCAGUCCUGGAGGAGGUGCGGGCCUAGCGUGUGCAGUUUAGAGGGAACAUUGGAGACAAGACGAUUGAGGUAUCUCUACCUGAAAAUACCUGAUCUAAGUGAUUGAUAGUUGGUAUUCAGCAGUCAUAAAAGUAUGCCUUAUUUACUUUGAAGAACUACUAACAUAGUGAUUUUGUCAGACCGCAGCUCUAUACAUUUUAGUCAUUUAGCAGACGCUCUUAUCCAGAGCGAUUUACAGGAGCAAUUAGGGUUAAGUGCCUUGCUCAAGAGCACAUUGACAGAUUUUUCACCUAGUCGGCUCGGGGAUUAGAACCAGCUACCUUUCGGUUACUGGCCGAACGCUCUUAACCACUAAGCUACCUGCCGCCCAUAGAGACAAGAUGAUGACUGGGAAUGAAAUCCUAAAGUCAUCAAAUAAAACAGAUGUAUUAAACAACUGAAAUACAGUGGGGAAAAAAAGUAUUUAGUCAGCCACCAAUUGUGCAAGUUCUCCCACUUAAAAAGAUGAGAGAGGCCUGUAAUUUUCAUCAUAGGUACACGUCAACUAUGACAGACAAAUUGAAUUUUUUUUUCUCCUGAAAAUCACAUUGUAGGAUUUUUAAUGAAUUUAUUUGCAAAUUAUGGUGGAAAAUAAGUAUUUGGUCACCUACAAACAAGCAAGAUUUCUGGCUCUCACAGACCUGUAACUUCUUCUUUAAGAGGCUCCUCUGUCCUCCACUCAUUACCUGUAUUAAUGGCACCUGUUUGAACUUGUUAUUAGUAUAAAAGACACCUGUCCACAACCUCAAACAGUCACACUCCAAACUCCACUAUGGCCAAGACCAAAGAGCUGUCAAAGGACACCAGAAACAAAAUUGUAGACCUGCACCAGGCUGGGAAGACUGAAUCUGCAAUAGGUAAGCAGCUUGGUUUGAAGAAAUCAACUGUGGGAGCAAUUAUUAGGAAAUGGAAGACAUACAAGACCACUGAUAAUCUCCCUCGAUCUGGGGCUCCACGCAAGAUCUCACCCCGUGGGGUCAAAAUGAUCACAAGAACGGUGAGCAAAAAUCCCAGAACCACACGGGGGGACCUAGUGAAUGACCUGCAGAGAGCUGGGACCAAAGUAACAAAGCCUACCAUCAGUAACACACUACGCCGCCAGGGACUCAAAUCCUGCAGUGCCAGACGUGUCCCCCUGCUUAAGCCAGUACAUGUCCAGGCCCGUCUGAAGUUUGCUAGAGUGCAUUUGGAUGAUCCAGAAGAGGAUUGGGAGAAUGUCAGAUGAAACUAAAAUAUAACUUUUUGGUAAAAACUCAACUCGUUGUGUUUGGAGGACAAAGAAUGCUGAGUUGCAUCCAAAGAACACCAUACCUACUGUGAAGCAUGGGGGUGGAAACAUCAUGCUUUGGGGCUGUUUUUCUGCAAAGGGACCAGGACGACUGAUCCGUGUAAAGGAAAGAAUGAAUGGGGCCAUGUAUCGUGAGAUUUUGAGUGAAAACCUCCUUCCAUCAGCAAGGGCAUUGAAGAUGAAACGUGGCUGGGUCUUUCAGCAUGACAAUGAUCCCAAACACACCGCCCGGGCAACGAAGGAGUGGCUUCGUAAGAAGCAUUUCAAGGUCCUGGAGUGGCCUAGCCAGUCUCCAGAUCUCAACCCCAUAGAAAAUCUUUGGAGGGAGUUGAAAGUCCGUGUUGCCCAGCGACAGCCCCAAAACAUCACUGCUCUAGAGGAGAUCUGCAUGGAGGAAUGGGCCAAAAUACCAGCAACAGUGUGUGAAAACCUUGUGAAGACUUACAGAAAACGUUUGACCUGUGUCAUUGCCAACAAAGGGUAUAUAACAAAGUAUUGAGAAACUUUUGUUAUUGACCAAAUACUUAUUUUCCACCAUAAUUUGCAAAUAAAUUCAUUAAAAAUCCAACAAUGUGAUUUUCUGGAUUUUAUUUUCUCAUUUUGUCUGUCAUAGUUGACGUGUACCUAUGAUGAAAAUUACAGGCCUCUCUCAUCUUUUUAAGUGGGAGAACUUGCACAAUUGGUGGCUGACUAAAUACUUUUUUCCCCCACUGUAUAUGUUUAAAGUAAUGUGAAUAAAUUAUGGUUAAUAAGUGAUAAGCAGUAAUGGGUGGUCACUGCCAUCAUGGAACUUUUAUGAAUUGUUUUAUUCUGUGUUACAGCAUUCAACCCACAUAAUGCAUAGCGCAUUUAAUGUAUACAAAAAAAAUAUAUGAAAUCGAAAGCUGGCACCUGGGUUCAAACCUACAACCCUGUGCUUAUCGGGGUGAGAUUCUUGCACCAGAGCCACAAACUAUUUUUGUCUAUUUGACAUUGACAGUUGCAGAAACGUACAAGAAAUUAGGUUUGAACCUACAAACACUUGGCCGCUAGACAGGGAUUUAACGAUUGGACCACUGUCUCCUUCACAUUCUUUACCCGGCUCUUUGUAUAUUUGACAUAGACAAUUGUGGAAACGUACACAACAGCACAAGAAAUUAACUUUGAACCUACAUCUCGGGUGCAAGGCAGGAAUUGAACCACCGACUCCUUCACAUUUUCUACUCUUCGUAUAUUUGACGUUGAGGUUUGCGCAAGAGAUGAGGUUUGAACCACCAACCUCUGUCUGUUACAUGGCUCCUAGUAUAUUUUACAUUGAAAGUUGUGCAAAAAAUGUUUGAACCCGUAGAUUAGCAUGACAGUUCUUGAUGACAUAUGCACUCUACUAAGUUUGAGGGCAGCGUUUUAACAGUUGAACCACAAACUCUUUUUGCAUAUUUGACAUUGAGAUUUGCAGAAAUGUACACAAAAGCACAAGAUAUGAGGUGUGUUAGUCAUUAUAUUCUGUGAUGUCUCUGUCCUGGCCCCACCUUGCCCAACUGUUUCUCAGCCAGGGAGAAGGAGUCCAUGAAGGCCUGGGCAAUGACGGACAGACAGCCGUCCAGGGGCGGGGUCUUCUCCAUGUCGAAUACAAACUGGGGGUUCUUCAGGAUGUUCACCCAG